UACGUCGUAACUAUAAUUACACGUUCACAUUUCGAUUAGACCAAGUUCAGUAUGACGAGUGUCCGCUAAUAAACAUCAGUUGUAAACAAUUGCGCGUAAUUUACACUCGUCCGGUGCCGGUACUUCUAUCAUAAUGUAUAUUAUAUUAAGCUCGUUAUUUUUAAUCAUCGUAACCGGAUUAUUAUACAUUUAUUGGUUUUUAAAAGAAUCACAUAAGUUUUUCGAUCAAUAUGGCAUCCCGUAUCCUAAACCUCAUUGGUUCUUUGGUAACGUGAAAGAUGUGGUUUUAUGGAGAAAAGCAAUAUGGUUCAUCUACAAGGACUUGUACGACCAACAUGCGUCUGACAGAUUCGUCGGAGUAUAUACUUUGCACAGACCAGGGGUCAUGGUACGAGAUCCUGAAUUGAUCAAGUCGAUCUUGAUCAAAGAUUUUUCUCAUUUUCGUGAUCGUGGGUUCCCUCUGGAUAAAGAUGCUGAACCGCUGGCUGAAAGCCUAAUCAACAUGUCAGGAGACGAAUGGAAAAACUUGCGAAUAAAACUGACCAGUACAUUUAGCAGUGGAAAAAUGAAAAUGAUGUUUCCAUUGUUGAAAAGAUGCGCAGAAGGUAUCCAACCAGCGUUGAAAAAGUACAUGGAAGAGGGCCAGGAUUUCGAAGCGAAAGAUCUCGCAGCGAGAUACGCAACAGAUGUGAUAGGUAGUUGUGCUUUUGGAAUAGAUAUUGACUCCUUACAAAAUCCCGAAUCAGAAUUCCGAACAGUAGGAAAAACAAUUUUCACAUUGAGGUGGCGAGCAAUUGUACGCGGAUUAUUUCCAAAACUGCCAACCUCGGUGAUAAAAUACUUCAAAUUACAUUUUUUCCCGGUGGAAUCGUGCGAUUACUUUUUAAAACUCGUCAGAGACAUGGUUAAAUAUCGGGAAGAGAAUAACGUUACUCGAGGCGAUUUCCUCGAUAUUCUUAUAGCCAUGAAAAAUCAAAAAGAUCUGGAAAAACUCAAAGACCAGCAGGAUGAUGCUGAUUUGGCCAAAUUCAUGGCUCAAAUCGGCCAGAAAACAGUAAAAAGCGACGUUGAAAUGACCAUCGAAUUAAUGGCUGCCCAAAGUUUCCUGUUUUACAUCGGAGGUUUUGAAGGCGCGUCUACUACUUUAAUGUUACUAUUGUUUGAAAUGGCUCAAAAUCCCGAUAUUCAAACCAAACUGCGCCAAGAGAUAGUAUCCACCCUCGAAAGCAACGAGGGCGAAUUAACAUACGAUAUGAUGAAGAAAAUGCCCUAUCUGGAUAUGGUCUUGUCAGAGGUCUGGAGAAGAUACCCUUCCGGUCCCAUUCUUAUGCGCGAAUGUACCGAGAACUACAAAAUACCCGGAACAGAUGCAGUUAUCAAAAAAGGAGUUCCUGUAGUAAUACCAACUAUGGGACUGCAAAUGGAUAAAGAAUAUUUUGAGAAACCAGACGAAUUCUACCCUGAGCAUUUCACUGAGGAAGCGAAACGUGAGCGUCAUCCGUUUGUAUAUUUGCCUUUUGGAGAAGGUCCUCGUGUUUGCAUAGCCGAACGAUUCGCGAGAAUGCAAGUUAUUGUAGGAGCAGUCUAUUUACUGAAAGAUUUCUUCUUCGAAUUAUCCCCUAAGACAACGGUACCAUUGGAAUUCGCACCCGGAGGAGCAGUAGUUGUAAAAGGAGGAGUUUGGGUAAAAUGUCGAACUUUAUAAUCUUCAAAUUUUUGGCAGAGUUUUUACUUUGUUUACGUAUUUUCUCACAUUAUUACUCGUACAACAAACACUUACCUACUGUAUAAAAAAUCAUAUAAGUAAAAUUUUUUACCAAAGCUUGCAUUAAUUUGAUAUGUGAUAAAAUUUGUUCUAAAUAUUAUAUUGUAAUAAAAAACUGUUCAAAUAUUUAGGUUGGAAAUAAUUGUUUUUUCAAAACACAACUGAAACAUCUACCCUGAACCUCAGGUCGAUUUUCAACUUUUUACAAAAUUUUAUAGGACCCAAAAAACUGUACCUAGAGAAUAAAUUACAUUUACAUACAUAAAAAUACUCGACAAAAAUAAAAAAUGGUUAAUUCAAA